AUGAAUAAAAUCGUUUCCCGUCAUUCACUUACGAAAUUUUAGUCUAUCAUUACACGUUUCAUUAAAAUGGCCCCGCACAAUAAUAAAAAUUUUAGUGGCAAAUUCCGCAUUAACCGUAACCCGACACCCAUUAACGUUUUACCAACCGAAAUACUGCUGCAUAUAUUUUCAUUUUUGAGCAACGAAGAAAUUCUAAGUAAGGUACGGCAUGUCUGCAGAAGGUGGAACCUUUUAACUCCAAAACCGACCCUGCAUGUACAAAGGUUAAGAAUAUUAAAUCCCAAAAGGCCGAAAACGCAGCAGAUUUGUGAUAUAAUCAACUCGUCUCCUAAUAUAACGGACGUAACAAUAUCGUGCCGAUCAGAUUUACCUCUUAUACUUAAUGCGAUCGGAAAAGCGAGCAAAGAGCUGAGGAAACUCAAAAUAAUUAAUGGCGACUUUUGCAAACGUAGCAGAUGCCGCGCGGGUAUAAACAAAAUCUUGAAAAAGUGUAAAAAACUACGCCGCAUCGGUAUAGACGAGAAUAAAUACUAUUUUCGUAAAUCGUUUAAAUUGUCGGUCAAAGAACAUUCUGGAAGGCGGUGGUCGUACAAGUCAACAAUGGACAUACGGAACACUGAACAUAAUCAAAUUCCAACCUUGCUAGGCUUAAACAGAUAUUCAUUGGAAAUUCCAAUACCUUUGAAUAGUUCCGUCGUGGAGGAGUACUUGAGGACAUCUUAUCCAGGAUUCCAAGUCGCGGUCCACAAGCAAUCGCAUUUGGAACAUUUUUUAAGCUUGGUUAACAAUCACACUUCUCCACAUGAAACCGAUUGUAUUUUAAAAGUGCUUUAAAUAAACAUGUAUAUUUCGGUA